UUAAAUGUCAACGAUUUUCAAUGAUCUUGUGAACUUAUGGAAAAGUCAAUCCUUUUCGUUGCAAUUUAAUUUAAGUUAUUUAAUUUUGUUUAAGUUGAUAUGAAGAAGGACAACCUUAGUACGGGUAGAAUAAGCGGUAGUAGGUUAGAAGACAUAGAUAGCGAGUGUGUGGACUCGAUAGAAAACGUUGAAGAUGUUUUGGUUCCGAUACGGGCAAAGAACAUCAACUUCAUCGGAACAUUCCGAUGCUCAAAGCGCUAACGUUUCAUCACACAGACAAACGUACCAUAAUGCACAGCUGAAAAGAGCCGUUGCUCUCAUCCAUGAGGAUAAGGAAUUCCUUAUUGCUGCAGAAAUUGGCAACUACUUAAUGCUUGAGAUCCUUAUCAGACAAGGUGUGGAUAUACAGCAGAUGGAUCAUCUGGGUCGGAAUGCUCUCCAUUUGGCGGUGUGCGCUGACAGCAUCGAAACAAUCAUGCUACUCCUUAAAGCUGGUGUCAAAACUAACGUUAAGGAUAACCUCGGUAUGACGCCAUUAUCCCUUUCUCUUAUGAGAAGGCCGUCUCUAGAAGUGGCACAUCUUCUCUUUAACUACGGUGCUAAAUUAAUACCUCGAUUAAAGCCAAUGGAUACGGGACUUUUCCUUCAAUUUGUCAUGAUGUGUACACCGACUGACGAAGAAGCGAAGAUACUUGCACUAUUGAUAGACAAAGGUGCGCUCAUUAACGACCCAGAAGCUCCAGGAGGCCGACAAGCCCUACACUUCGCAGCUAUGAGCGACAACUGUCCCCUCAUACAGAUUCUCAUAAACCUUGGAGCUGAUUUAUUUUUGAUAAACCAUCGGAAUCAAACACCUAUAGAUGUCGCAUUGUCUUUCAAGUGUAGAAAUGCUUAUACGUUUUUAAGCAAAUUUUAUUGACCUUUCCAAUGUUAUUGAAACCCUACCCUUAAAGUGUCUAUACUGUUUGUUAUUAUACUUACUAACUUUAUAUUUUUAAGAUUUGAAAAAAGUAUAACGGUUACUUCAUAGUUAUCA